GCCGCCGUGGCCAGGCGCGGGGACACCCGGGAUGUCCUCGUCGCCCGCGGAGGAGUGCCGGUCGCCCGUGGGGCUGGACUGCUGCAGCUGCUGCCUGGACCUGGCCAACCGGAGCGGGCUGGAGGAGGGGGCAGGCGGCGAGAACAACAACCCGGGCAGCCCCACCGUGAGCAGCUUCCGGCAGCUGCGGGAGCAGCUGGUCCGGCAGAACCUCAACACCGACAAGCUGAGCUCCAUCAUGCGCCAGGACUCGCUGGAGCCCGUCGUGCGGGACCCCUGCUACCUCUUCAACCAGGGCAUCUGCAACAGGAACAUCGACCAGACCCUGCUCUCCAUCCUCCUCCUCUUCCACAGCGCUUCCGGAGCCAGCGUGGUGGCCAUCGACAACAAGAUCGAGCAAGCGAUGGAUCUUGUGAAAAAUCAUCUGAUGUACGCAGUGCGGGAGGAGGUGGAGGUCCUGAAAGAGCAAAUCAAGGAACUGUUGGAGAAAAACUCCCAGCUGGAGCGUGAGAACAGCCUCCUGAAGACCCUGGCCAGCCCCGAGCAGCUGGAGAAGUUCCAGUCCCGGCUCCCAGUGGAGGUGCUGUGCCCUGAGGAGCAGAGCCCCGGGGUGGCUGCCCCGGCCCAGCACUCCGGGGCCUCUGCGGUGUAAGGUGGCUCUGUCCUUGGGGUGGGCAGAGCCACAGAACUCUUUCUACUUAAUCUCCUACAAAAUCGUUUCCGCCUUCAUCUCACACGAAGGACUGCCAGACCUGGCGCUGAGCCGUGCCCCCCGGGCAGCCCUGGCCAGCCCGCAGAGCCAGUGGCCGUCUCCUGCAUGAGGAUGCUCUUCUUCAAGGGAGAUGCGGGCAGCUGACCCCCCCUCCCCAUCCAACCGCCCGCCGGGUGCCAGGAGGAGAUCUGUGGCUGCCCGUCCCGGGCUCUGCUGAAGCCUGGGCACCUUGGCACCCUGGCAGUGCUGGGCAGCCUUUGGCACCCCGAUGGGAGCCUGCGGUUGGAAGGAGCGCCGGCCGAGCCUCGGGCCACGGCUGCACUCUGCAGGGGGGUGUCUCUUUCUGGCAAAGCCUUACGUUGGAGGGAGACCGACGUUUAGCGAGCGAAGCACAUUUGUCCCACGAGCCACCCAGGAGCCUGCUGGAACCCGACCCAGACUGAGCAGCACCAGAGGUGGCAGCUGCAGCGUAGUGCAUGGCUGAACGCACAGCAGUGUGGGGAUUACAAGGAAAAAAAAAAAAAGCUUGUUUUGUUAGUUUGGGCAUCUUCUGUAGCUGUAUCUAUGUAUAAACAUGCACACGAGCGGUGCCUCCAAGGCUGUGGGGUGCCCGCUCUGGGCCAGC